AUUUCUGAAAUUGCAUUUGUAUUGAUGGCAACUCUUGGUGCUGAUUUUCCACCUUUGACGGGGACUGGUUCCUCUGCCACUCGGUCUUUGUCGACCUCGGCUGUUACUACGGCACUCUCAUCAUCAUCGACGACCGUUGGUUUGACCACCCUUGACCUUCCUCGGGAUUUUCUUCCCACUUCGACUGAUUUUCGGCUCACUUCAGCCGGCGACUGGCCUACUUGGAGUGCCACGGUUCGUAAUGCCUUGUUUGGCCGAGGGCUCUUAUCUUAUCUCACGGAUGGUCCACCUGCUGAUGGUUCUGAUGAUGUUUUAGCUGCUUGGACUCUUCGAACUAACCGGGUCUCCAGUUAUCUGAUUGAGUCUCUCGACCCGGCUCUCCGUCCUGAUCUAGUUACUCAAGCUGCCCAUGUUGUUUGGAGAUCUCUUACCGCUCGUUUUGUUGAGCGCAGUGGCGCUCGCCAGUAUUCACUUCUCACUCAGGCUGCUACUGCUCGUCAGGAUGAUCGGUCUAUUCAGCAGUUCUAUCACCACAUGCGUGGUUUUUGGCGUGAGUUGGAGGUUUUUCUCCCUGCUGGCAGUCAUAUUGCUGCUGAUGUGGUUUUUUGGGAUAUGCGUCACAUGUACGAGUUUCUGAUGGCUCUCCGCCCCGAGUUUGGUCCUCUGGUUGGUCAGCUUAUACAUCGCGACCCCCCUCCCAGCCUCGAGACUGCAGUUGCUGAGUUAGUCGCCGAGGAAACUCGUCUUCGCCUACUAGGUGGGGUCAAGUCUACUCCUGCACCCUCUAGUUUCUCCGGUGUUCUUGCUGCAGCUCCCUCUGGUGUUUCCACAGCUCCGUCACCUCCAUCUGGUCGUCCUACUUGCCCUCAUUGCAUGCGGCCAGGUCAUACUAUAGAUGACUGUUGGAAGCUCCACCCUGAGCGUCGUGUUGGACCUCGUGGCCGCGGCCGCCGUGCCUCCACUUCCACUGUUGCGGCUGUUACUCAUUUCCAGCAGUUCCAGCAGUAUCAGCAGCGUCUUGAGCAGAUGACUACUUCUUCUAGCCCUGGUAGCACUCCUGCACCCUCUGCUUUCUCAGCCACUGGUAUGUCUAGUACUUGGAUUUUUGACUCUGGGGAGAAAGGUCCUUCUUAUUUUGGGAAAGCAAGUACAACUUCUGCAACUCAACGCGCAACCCAGCCAGAUCUGUUUUUUGACCUUCUUAUAUUGCAGUUUGGCCCUCCAUAUUUCUGA